AUGGAGCACAACAGUUACGAUGAGCGAAUAGGGCCGCUUCCCGGGGGUAAUCGCCGGGGCGCGCCUGGAGCUGGGGCUGGGCGUGGCAGUAUGCGGGCCCCCAGCCGCGGCAGACUGGCCCGACCAUCCGGCCAGUCUACUCACGAUCCAUCACCACCAGUUGGCAUGGUAUCGGCAGGGGCUGGGGCAACUCGGUCCCAGCAAUCGGUACCCGCCUCUGGUGGAGUACGGCGCCGCAUGGCAUGGACGAUUGAUAUGAAUAAAAAUGCCAUGCGGGCCUAUUUUAGGGCCUCAGGUUCGGGAACCGGACGGACAGGUUAUCGAGCAGUAAUGUACCGCGAAUUUCUUCGGCUGGAGCCAACUUUGACCGUCACAGAACAAAACCUGGCGGACCGAGUUCGGUACCUACAGCGCUCAGGACUUUUUAGCGCUGCCGAACUCGAGCAAUUACGAUGCGAGGCUGUUCCUCCACUGGAAGAAGAGCCACCCAGGCUGGAGCGCUCUCCUGUUCCCAGCAGGGAAGUUCACAGGGAACCUAGUGCUCAGCAGCCGGAUACGGGUAGUACUGAAAGUGAUUGGGGAACAGUCGCCCUGGAUUUGGAAGCGUUGAGGAGUAGUCUGGAGGGGACGAUUCUGGAAUAUCGCCACGUGCCUCUUGAGCGAAGGCCACGGCUGCCUCGAGUGCCUCUCAGUAUCAAGGUUCGGGAUGCCGUUGGGGCCAUUAACAACAUGCUUCCCUCAUUUUUAGAGGAAAGCGCAGGCCUUUGGGAGACAGACUCAAUUCUUUUCGCUGCCGCAAUGACUGUGUGUCAAUUUGUCGGCGUCAGGAUGCCGCCAACAAGACCCGGCGGUAACCACCAGGUUGGCAGCACUACUCCUAGGACUAGUACUAAGCCAGCCUGGAUGAGGCGAAUUGAGGGUCGUAUAGCAUGGGCCAGGGUCCUCAUCGGCAAACUGACUAGCUUCAGAUCAGGCGUCACAAGGCCGAGAGUGAUGCGCUUUGUCCGAGAAGCAUUCCCCGGUGAGAACAUUUUUGUAGACUCACCGGAGUUUGCACGAAAACUGACAGGGCGCAUCGAUGAUCUGAAGCAGAAGAUAGCUGCUUGGGGCAAGCGGAUUCGGCGAUAUUCCGAAAGGGUGAAGAGGUAUCGGCAGAAUCGUCUCUUCAUGAGUGACCAAAAGAAGUUUUAUAGGACACUGGAGCGUCCUGAUGUGGUCUUGACGGGUGAGCGUCCGGACAAAGCAGAAGUGGUCGCCUUUUGGCGAAGGCUUUGGUCGCAGCCCGUCGAUCACGUAGAGGGUCCAUGGUUCGAAGCGGUCGAGGGAGCAUGUGCAACCAUAGCGCCUAUGAAUCCCAUCAGCAUAUCUGAAGAGGAUGUAGCGGUAGCGGUCCGUAAGGCUCCGAACUGGAAAAGUCCGGGACCGGACGGACUGCAUCAUUAUUGGCUGAAGGGGUUCUGGUGCUGCCACGCUACUCUCGCUCGUCAGUUCCAAAGUGCCCUUGAGAGUGGGACGCUCCCAAACUUCUUAACUACUGGGGUCAUUCAUUUAGCUCCAAAGAGCGAUGCUACCGUGGAUCCAUCACAGUAUCGCCCCAUAACUUGUCUUUGUACAAUAUACAAGACUUUAACAUCUGUUUUGAGCUCCAAGAUAAGUCAGCACAUUGUUGAUAACAGUGUGAUGUCUGAGGCUCAGAACGGAUGUAGGGGCGGUAGCCGCGGUAGUAAGGAGCUGCUCCUCAUCGACGCGGUCGCUGGCCAACUUGUCAGACGCAACCGUCGGAAUUUCUCCGCUGCCUGGAUAGACUAUAGGAAAGCGUUCGACUCGGUGCCCCACUCAUGGCUCUCGAGGGUCCUCGAACUGUAUAAAAUUGACAGUGCAGUUCGACACUUGCACUCACCGAAUGCAUCAUCCGAGAUCGUCAGUUAUGAGAUUGUAUGUCCCGCGGAAGUGUGGAGGUAG